GUCGCCACUUUCAUCUUUACACUGGCCGUCAAGUCCCUCUCCAGCUCUUUAUAGCACACACAUCCCUCGCAGCAAUGCCCAAGCUCGAUAUCAAUAAGGCAGGUUGGGAGCAAAGCGAGUUCCCCAUUCUGUGUGAGACGUGUUUGGGAGACAAUGCAUUCGUGCGGAUGUCGAAACAAGAGUAUGGUCGAUCAUGCGGCACAUGCGCGCGACCCUUCACUGUCUUCCGCUGGAACCCUGGCUCGGGCAUGCGCUUCAAAACAACCGUGAUCUGCCAGACCUGCGCGAAGAUCAAGAAUGUUUGCCAGACAUGCCUGCUCGACCUCGAGUACGGAUUGCCCACGCAAGUGAGGGACACGGCGCUGGGCAUACAGAACGAGGCUCCGACGAGCGAGGUCAAUAGGGAGUACUAUGCGCAGAACCUGGAGGGCAAGCUGGAUGGAAACAAGUCUCUGUUGAACACGGGGAAGGCAUCGUCUGCGGGGAAAGAGAUGUUGAAACAACUUGCUCGCACGGACCCGUACUACAAGCGCAACCGCCCACACAUUUGCUCGUUCUUCGCAAAGGGGGAGUGCAGCCGUGGCUCGGAGUGUCCGUACAGACAUGAAAUGCCGGUGGACAACGAGCUCUCGAAACAGAACAUACAGGACCGGUUCCAUGGCCGCAACGACCCUGUCGCACACAAGAUCCUGACCCAACAUGCGGCGUCGAUGGGACUACAGCCUCCAGAAGAUCAGUCUGUCAUGUCUCUAUUCCUGACAUUGUUACCCGCCUCUGCAACCGAGCAGAGCAUUCGUACACGCGUCGUGCAGUCUCUGUCUACCGUCGAUCCCUCACAGAUCAAGUCUAUCGUGCAUGUCGCGAAGUCGAGAUGUGCCUUCAUCAAUUUCAAGGACCGAGCAUCUGCAGAAGUUGCUGCACAAGCAUGGGCCAAUGGGUUUGAGUUGGAUGGUACAUCAGCAACUGUGAAGUGGGGGAGGAGCAAAGGCACUACUGCUUCUAAACCCAAAGCUACAUCGUCGACAGCAGAGGUUGCCGCAUAACGUCUUGUUGCUUAGUCCUUUCACUUGUAUCGGUAGUGUACUAUGCUCGGUAUUAUUAUGAUGCAGAUCCCAUUGCGCAGAUGCCAUGUCUGGCUGGGUCGUCUAUCGACCAACGUAGCGAUAAAGUAAACUUAGGUGCACGGACGUAGGUUCGACACAAACCUCCACAACGUUGCCGUGUGGAGGGUCUUGGUCUUGGUAUGAGUUGCGUAUAAGAUCGCGCGGACGACCACUGAUGUUGUGUCGUCCGCGCCGACUGCGCGGGUUCCUAUAAGAGAAAAAGGGAAAUAAAUAUUGAGAUCCGUAGAUCUACCACUCCGGGAAAGCGUGUCAUCCUUGUGCAGGGGCCAUGCUAAUCUUCUCUGUAUCGUUCCAAUUUUUUCGUAUGUCACCCCGAAGGGGACAUCU